UUUAUGAAUAAUAUUAAAAUUUGAAAAUUAAAUUAGCAAUGUCAGCAUUGUCUUUACUCAACACUGCGCAGACAUGGGACAUUAAGCAACACUUUUGCAGCAUUCAACAUGCGCAAAAGAGGAAGCAGGCACAGCAGAGCGCAUAUGUGGAAGCGAGAGAGCGUUAUUCAGCCAGCGCUGACUACAACGUCGCGACGCUGUCGACGUCCAUUUAUUUGACGUCGAGUCGUCGCUGCGGCUGGCUGUGUUAAAAUAUACAUACUAGACAAGUAGACUGCGCUGCCUGCUGCAUUCUUGGAACAAAAAUUUCACUGUUGGCAGCGACUGAGGAAUAAAAUUGAACGUCGACGUCGCGACGUUUCUUCCUCGAAGAAGACCAAAUCAAAAUAAAAACAAAUAAACUAUAAAGGGUGCGUGCGCGCCAAUUAUUUAACAACAAUUAGCAAACGAAAGAAACAAAUGCACACGCUUAGUGCAGCCAUCGAGAUGGACAAACUGGAUGCCAACCUGGAGCAGCAGUUUGAUCUCAAUCUAAUUGAGGCGGUCAAAAUGAAUCCCGUCAUCUACGAUCGCUCACAUUACAACUACAAGCACUUUGUGCGCAAGGCGCAGACCUGGAAGCAAAUUGCCGAAACUCUCGGCGUAAGUGAACAAAAAUGUACAAAGCGAUGGAAGAGUUUGCGAGAUAAAUUUGCGCGCGAAAUGAAAUUGUGCCAAGAAUCGCGCUGGCGUUACUUUAAACAGAUGCAGUUCCUGGUCGACUCGAUCCGGCAAUAUCGCGAAUCGCUGCUCGGCAAGUGCGCCAAUGGCAGUCAGAAUGCCAGCCAAGUGGCCGAUCCCACGCAACAACAACAGGCCCAACAACAGACCGUCGUCGACAUCUUUGCGCAACCUUUCAAUGGAAGUGCCACAACAUCUGCCCAGGCGCUGACACAUCCGCAUGAAAUAACCGUUACUGGGGAUGCACAGCUGGCCACAGCGGUAGGCAAGGACCAGAAGCCAUAUUUCUAUGAGCCACCAUUGAAGCGCGAACGAAGCGAGGAGGAGCACAGUGAUAACAUGCUGAACACUAUCAAGAUAUUCCAGAAUAAUGUGUCGCAGGCGGUCAGCGCCGAGGAUCAAUCGUUUGGCAUGGUUGUCACCGAUAUGCUCAACACGCUGGGCGUGCGGCAAAAGGCCGAGGCAAAGGUGCACAUCAUCAAGUAUCUGACGGAUAUGCAACUGCUGGCGCAACAUAACAAAUACUAACUGCUGCAAUUGGACAAUGUCCUCGAGGCACGAUGGUUGCUCUAAAUCAGCUACACACAACAACAACAACAAUACAGAAAGAAAAUGCAAAAAAUCAAUGAACACAUGAAGAUCGAUCCCAAGAACAGGAACCGCCGCCUGUUGCCCCCGAAACAAAUACACGUUUCGUCUUUUAGCAAGUUAAGUCUUAAAAGUCAAACUAAAGUUUAAAAAUUAGUUAUAAAAGAAAGAAAGAAAAAAAAGGAAAAGAAAUGAAAACACUUCACUUCACAUACAUUACAUCUUAUUAAUGAAUUACGAGUUACAAUUACGCUAGCACUAAUCAAAUAUAUAUGUAUAUACAUAUACUAAAUGGAAUAUAUAUAUUCUUUGAUUUGGCCGUAGUUGAUAUCUCAAUUCAAUUCUCUCACCCCAGUUUACAAAAUUGUACAAACGAAAAAAAAAAAAAUUAAAAAAUGAAAUGAAAACUGGAUAUAGAUAUAGACGAUUGGAUUUGUAUGUAGUUUUUGGAGACAAUUCAAUAGUUUUUCCUCUAUCAUCAUUUAUAAUAUUGUGUAAUACAGCAAAUUGUAUAUUUUUGACUACGAUUUAGUUUAAACAUGCCAUCGGGUUUAGUUUUGUAAUUAAGUAAGUAAAAUUGUAGACACAGAAAACAAAACGAAAAACAAACAAAAAAAAAACGUUAUUAUAAUUUUUUAAGUUCUGUUGUAAUAUGCUGAAAACGCUUGAAAUUUAUAUUUAAAAGGCUUUAAUUAAGUUGUGAACCUUUUAAACACAUAUACAUAUACAUACAUAUUGAUAACAACCGAAAAACGCAUAUUACACUAUUAAUUGAAUAAUAUAUAUCUCCAUAAUUAUAAUUUCUGAAUCAACACCGAACAUUUUUCAAUAUAAAGUCAGUAAGCACAUUUGUGUACAUUUUCACAACAAUAUUCAAACAAAAACUGAAAUUGUUCAACAUUUCGAUUUACAUAAACGUUUUGAUGUACAAGAAAACAUUAAUUGUGCAAUUAUUUGCAAUAAAAAGUUUACAAAGCAAAAAUACAAAAUAUAAA